AUGGAUGUCGUAGCCGGGCCGUCUUUUGUGCUGCGCCACAUUCGUCACUGCGGCGCUGAGGAGCUAAACCAAACUCCACAGCGAACCACAGCGUCAAGCACGGGCACCACUACCACUAGCAGUAGUUUUUAUGCCACGGAGGUUCUUCUCAAAGUAGGGGUACCAGCACCCUUGGCCUCCGCUGACAGCUCCCCUGGUAAGGCCUCACCGGCGCUGGUGUGCUACAUGUGUCCGGCAUACAUUCUGCAAGUAGGAUGCCCAGCACUGCGCGAGUUGCUGGCAGACGCUUUUGAUGGUGGUCCCAGUGAGAUUUGUGGAGUGGGCAAUGAAGCCAGCACGAACUCCGCUGCGGCUGUCGCGUUGCCGUCGUCGUCACCUUUCGUGGUGAUUCCACUUCCGUUUCUCGAUGGAGAUGUCUUCCAUGUGCUGGCGACAUACUUGGAGUACUUCUACGCCUUUGACUGCACCGUCACUACGGCCAUCACGGCAACCGUGGCCCAUCAAUCUUUCACUCCCUUGCCCUCCUCCUCGACUCGCACUCCGUCCUCGCUGCGGCGGCCGCUGAACUUUCAAGACCUCUACGCCCUCUCGACGUGGGAGCACUACUACGUCUUGUGUCAACUCCUGGGGCUAGAGCGGUCGCAGGUGGAUUCCCUCCGUCUGGUGGAGUACGGGGCGUGGGUUGAUCUACUCGGUGGCGCCUCUGCAGUACGACUGCCGAAAGGGGAGACCCAGCAAAAGCGCCAGGCGGCUGCCGCACACGACGCUGCACUCUCCCAACAGCGCGCCGAGUGCUUCUCACUCGCCAACCGUCGACGGAUGUGGUCACGUUUGUGCCAGGUACUGGAAGUGGCCUCGAGGCUGGGGAUGUCUACCUUGCGGCUGCUCUGUGCAACUGUGGCAGCGAACAUGCUCGUCGACCUCGAUGCGGAUGGCUUAGCGCGACUGAUGGAGUCCUCUGGGAAUGGAAGCGGCGCCAGCGGUAUUCCUCCUUUUACGGCCCAGGCACGAGCGCAGUUGCUACAGCGAUGUCCGUGGUUGAAGCCCCAGUAG